AUGGAAAAAGGCCUAGGAUUUGGAAUUGACAGAGGAGGAACGUUUACCGAUGUUUUUGUUGUUUAUCCGGACGGAGAAAACAAGACGUUUAAGUUGUUGUCAGAGGACUUUAACAACUAUCAAGACGCCCCAACUGAAGCCAUUAGACGAAUCCUCAACCAAUAUACUGGAAAGAAUGUGGCACGAGGAGAGAAAAUCCCAACAGGUAAGAAAAACAACAUUUUUAGGGAUUAAAAUUUAAUUUUUCAUGAAUAACUUACUUUAUAGUAACUUAACUUCACUGUUUAUAAAACAGGAAAUUUAAGCUUUCAUACGUUCUUUUGUGAGAAACAACAUCUGCUAAUCAUUUUGCUUUGCAGAACACAUCUCAUGGAUUCGAAUGGGGACAACUGUGGCCACAAACGCACUUCUGGAGCGAAAAGGCGAGCCCACAGCGUUGUUGAUCACCAAAGGCUAUAAGGUAAAGGAACAAAUUUCACAAAACUUACAAAAUAAUCGUAACAGAUGAUCUUUAAUCUUGUUUACUAUUGUCAAUUAUCAGUUGAGCAACUUUACGAAACAUUUCUAGCCAAAAAACGAAAAGCAACAUUUUACAUUUCGUCAACUUACAAUCGGAAAACAAAAUUUUGUCGAGAAUAUUGAGAUUAUCAACUUGUCUUACAAUUUACGAGCUCAUAUACAAGAUUAGCAACUAAUUUAAUUUUUUUAGGACUUACUAUUCAUUGGAAAUCAACAACGGCCGAAAAUCUUUGAUCUGAACAUUGAGGUACCUGAAACAAUUUACGGUGAAGUGGUUGAAGUCUCGGAAAGAGUUAUUCUCGAUCUAGAUGAUUGUGAGCUAAAGGUUGAUGGAGAAAAGAUUGUUACCGAGAGUGGGAAACCAGUUAUUGUGGAGAAAAGCAUUGAUGAAGCCGAGAUCAAGCAGCAGUUGCAAGAAGUCUUGGACAAGGGAUUCAAAUCGCUUGCUAUCUUGUUUUUACACUCUUAUAUGUAAGUUUUUUUAUUUUAAAAAGCUAUAAUUGGACAGAUUGAGGCAAUACAUGAAAUAUUAUUGCUUCAGAUUUCCUGAUCAUGAAGAACAGGUCGCCAAAUUGGCCAAAGACAUGGGAUUCAUCAAUAUUUCGAUGUCAAGUGCUGUGAUUCCAAUGAUUAAGGCUGUUUCAAGAGGAUAUACGGGUAAUAUUAUGCGUUUAACCUUUUAAUUGAUUUUAGAAGGAUUAUAUUUACAUUAUUUUGCUUUACCAACUGAUUGAGAUUAAGUAUCAUAUUGGCCGAGUUGUCUAUAAGAUCAGUUGUGAACGCUUUUAUAGGUAUUAACUUUUGAAUUUUAGUUUGCGCUGAUGCGUAUUUGACUCCAAUCAUCCAAAAGUACAUUGAUGGUUUUAGAAGCGGCUUCGAAGAUAAUUUGAAUGGGGUUAGUUUGGAGUUUAUGCAAUCUGAUGGAGGUUUAUGUCCCGUUGAAAGGUAGGUUAACAUGAGAGCCUGCAAAAGCGGUGUAAUUCUUUACUAAUGUACUAUAACUUAAAUAAAACGGUAAAUAAAGUACAUAUAGUUUAAUGAUGAUGUUGAUUAUAGAUUCAUCGGCUCUCGAGCUAUAUUAUCUGGCCCAGCUGGUGGAGUUGUUGGCGUAUCUUACACUGCCUUUGACAAAGACCUCAAACAGCCUAUUGUGGGUUUUGAUAUGGGUGGAACAUCGACGGACGUGUCAAGAUACGAUGGCAACUUUACUCACACAUUGGAGUCGGUGACCGCUGGCAUCACAAUUCAAGCACCUCAACUCGAAGUGAACACUGUAGCUGCUGGUGGAGGGUCGAGAUUGUUCUUUCAGAAUGGACUGUUUGUAGUUGGCCCAGAGUCGGCUGGAAGUACACCUGGUCCAGUUUGUUAUCGGAAGAAUGGGUAUCUUACGGUAACUGACGCGAAUUUGGUAUUAGGGAGAAUAUUGCCAGAGUAUUUCCCUAAAAUAUUUGGGCCGAAUGAGGAUCAACCGUUGGAUAAGUACGUUUUACAUUAUAUCUGUAUAAUAGGAUACUGGACUUUACCUUAUUUCUAAAAAGAUUAACAUAAGCCUGACAUUUUAUGCUGCACUUCUGAGUUUUAGGUAUUAUAUAAGGCUUUUUAAGCUGUCAAAAACUAUAAACGAUGACAAUUUUUCAGAGAAGCUUCAGUAAAAGCCUUUGAAGACUUGUGUAAGCAAAUUAACGCCCAUAACAAGGAGAACAACACGAAAGAAUUAGGCGUAGUUGAUGUUGCACUAGGAUUUAUUCAAGUUGCCAAUGAAGCUAUGUGCCGGCCGAUCAGGACGUUGACAGAGGUAAAAUAAGAGCUUUAGUCUACUUUUGCGUUAAUUUAGACAUAACAUAAUCUUUUUUGAAUCUUGUUAUCAAUUUCAAAGAGAUUUGAAAAAAAAUAUUAGUAAAAGGCAGCUAGAAGUUUUCAAUUUUAAUACAUUUUGGUUUAAAAUUGUGUUUUCAGAGCAGAGGAUACGACACUGCCAAUCAUACAUUAGCUUGCUUUGGAGGUGCUGGAGCUCAGCACGCUUGUGCUAUUGCCAGGGCCUUGGGUAUGUACUACUAACUAGAGUUGUGUGUGCGUGGGGAUGAAUGUGUGUCUUGAUUUGGCUAUUUCUGGAUAUUGAGUGUGUAAUUUUAGGUAUGAAACGGGUCAAAGUUCACAAAUAUGCAGGCAUUUUAUCAGCGUAUGGAUUAGCGUUGGCUGAUGCAGUUGUGGAAUCACAGGAAGCCUUCUUACAGCCUUUGAGUGAAGGUAAGUUUUUGGAUAUAACAAUAUUAAUGGUAAUGUUGAAAUUGGAAUUUUUAGGGUUUUGGCUGUUUGAUGCUUUCUGAUUCUCAGCAUAUUUUUCAGAUCUUAUUUCUGAUGUAUUCACUUAUAUAUUAUAUGUUACAUUAGAAGUUGUACUUUUACAGAUACGCUGAGUGAAUUGCAACAAAAGCUGAAAAAGUUGGAGCAAACUGGAGGUGAUCAACUUAAAGAACAAGGAUUUAAAGAGGAUGAAAUUAAAUUUGAAAAGAUAUUGCACAUGCGAUACGAUAGGACUGACUGCGUUCUGGUUGUGUCUAGGUAAGUUUAUAUCUUUCUAGUUUUUGAGUUUUAGCUUUAAGGAUAGAAUUUAGAAGAAGGUCUUACACUGCUUUUUUGCCUAAAAACCACGGUAAUGUUUUAGAAUAAAGUUUUAAUACCUAAAAUUUUAGAAAAGACAACCCGACUAAUAUUAUCAACGCCUUUACCAGCACCUUUGAACAAAGAUACAAGAGCGAGUUCGGAUUUGUGAUUACAGAUCGGCCGAUUAUUGUAGAAGAUGUACGAGUCCGAUCAGUUGGACAACGUAAUCUAGUCAAGUCUAGCACGGUCAACACUAGAAAUGACUUUUUACAAAAAGACAAGCAAGUGAAGUGUUCGUUCAAAGAAGGAGAUCUAGAUACUGAUGUCUACUUGAUGCAAAAUUUGAUUCCUAAUGAUGUUAUCAAAGGCCCUGCUAUUAUUAUUGAUCCAAACUGUACUGUAUUGGUAGAACCCAACUGUACGGCCAAGGUUAGUGAGAAAGGAGAUAUUGAGAUUGAUAUUCAUGGAGGAAACGAUAAUAAACUUGGAACGGAAGUGGAUCCUAUUCAGCUGUCUAUCUUCAGUCAUCGAUUUAUGUCUAUCGCUGAACAAAUGGGUACUGUGUUGAGGAGAGCUGCUAUUUCGACUAAUAUUAAGGUAGGUAUGGUGGUAUAGAGAUUCGUAGUUCUCGUUGAGAUAAGGGACUUUAUCUUUGUGCAUCUACUUGUAAGCUUUAUCAAUUUUAUGGGCUAUAUGUACUGUAUUAUAUUAUUUUCCAACUUUAAGGAGCGUCUCGACUUCUCAUGUGCCUUAUUUUGCUCUGAUGGUGGACUAAUAGCUAAUGCUCCUCACAUACCAGUACAUCUUGGUGGAAUGCAAGCGACAGUCAAGUUUCAAAUUCAAAACUUGAAGGACAAUAUACACAGAAAUGAUGUUAUCUUGUGUAAUCAUCCUUCUGCUGGAGGAUCACACCUUCCUGACCUUACUGUUAUUACACCGGUAAUUAGUUCUGGGUAUUGUAAUGCUGAGGGAGGUUGUUUUAGGUUUUUAAAUGAGUGAAAUAUUCAAGUUUGUAACUAUGGUCAUUUAAGAUAUUCUACGGCGAUUCCAAGACACCAGACUUCUUCGUAGCCAACCGUGGACAUCAUUCAGACAUUGGAGGUUUAGUGCCAGGCUCAAUGCCGCCUCAUUCGACUAGUUUGAGCCAAGAGGGAGCAACUUUUGUCAGUUUUAAGAUCGUUGACAAAGGAGAAUUUAAAGAAAAAGAAUUGAAAGAAGCCUUCAUGGAGCCGGUCAAGGUGCCAGGAUGUUCUGGAUCUAGGAAUUUAAGGGAUAACAUCGCUGAUUUGAAUGCUCAGAUCGCUGCUAAUCAGAAGGUAUCUUUAAUUUGUUUUUUGUGCUGUUACCUGAUAGUGCUACUUAAGAUAAUAUAUUAUUAACUUUUAGGGCAUUUACCUACUAAACGAGCUUGUAGAAAGCUACACCUUGGACAUAGUCAAGGCUUACAUGGAUCACAUCAAGAGCAAUGCUGAAACGGCUGUCAGAGCGUUACUGAUCGACACAGCUGAACGAAGUUUGAAGGAGAAUGGAUCAGCUACGUUGCAAGCUGCCGAUUACAUGGAUGAUGGCACUAAAAUUGCACUUAAUGUACAUAUCAAUGAAAAAACUGUAGGUUUUUGGUGUUAUGGUGUAGAUUGUUGCUUUUAUAUUUAUUUUUGAAAAGGAUGGUUUCAAUGACAAUCCUUUUUUUGUGGUUGAUAAUAUUAAUGUAAAACGUUUUUAAGCCUACUUUAAGAUGUUUUAGUUAAUAUAUUAUAGGGUGACGCAGUCUUCAACUUUGACGGUACUGGACUUGAAGUAUAUUCCUCAUGCAAUACUCCACCGGCUGUCAGAAUGGCUGCCGUUAUCUACUGUUUGAGGUGUUUGAUUGGAAAGGACAUUCCUUUGAAUCAGGGCUGUUUAGAGCCUAUUAAGGUAUGUUAAUAUUGGUUAUCAAGUAUGCUUUACGGAGUAGUGUCUUUAAAGUAUACUUAAAGUUAUAUUUUAUAAUCAAUGUUUUUGUGGUAAAGUAUAGUAAAAUAAGUGUAAAGAAACUAACGAUGGGCUACAACAUGUUGGAAAUUUAGAUCGAAGUACCAAAUGGCACCAUUAUUAGUCCAAGCGAGGAGGCUGCCGUCGUUGGUGGUAAUGUAUUGACUUCACAAAGGCUCUGUGAUGUUAUAUUUAAGGCUUUCAAAGCUUGUGCUGCUUCACAAGGUAAGCAGAAUUAUGGUUGUUAAUAUUUUAGAAUAUGUCUUAUACUAUACUCUAUACCUAUGUAAGAAUCGAUAAUAGAAAACGUCAUUCGAAUGGCUUAAACAUUAUUUUUUGUAGCAGUAUCACAUCACUCAUGAACAUUAUUAUAGGUUGUAUGAACAACAUAACAUUUGGUGACGACAACAUGGGUGGAUAUUACGAGACGGUCGCGGGUGGAGCGGGGGCUGGGCCAGGAUACAAUGGUCGGUCCGCGAUUCACUCCCACAUGACUAAUACCAGGAUUACGGAUCCAGAAAUUUUGGAGUCAAGGUAUGGAAAUGUAAUUAAAAUCCCACCUGACUAACAUCAGAUUUCAUAAAUUGAUCAAAUGAUAAAGGUGAAAGCCUUAAAGAUGGUGCUUUAAAAUUCAUGAAAUUUUAAAUUUCGAAGUAAAAUUACUGUUUGAAUAUUAAAAGGAAUUUAAAAUUACUAAACAAAGCUAAAUUGCCGUCUUAAAAUUUACAAAAAGCAGUGUCUAUUCUAAAAUGCACUUGUUUAGGUACCCAAUAGUGCUACGCGAGUUCAGUGUUCGUCAGAAUUCAGGUGGAAAAGGCAAAUUUGUGGGUGGAAAUGGCGUCAACCGGCUGUUACAGUUCAGAAGGUCACUACAGUUGUCAGUGUUAACAGAACGACGAGUAUUCGCACCGUAUGGUAUGUUAUUGUUAUUUGUUAUAGUAGUGUUUUUGGUCAAGAACUUUCAAGAAUAGCAAUUUAAGUUUUUACCUAUAACUUUUAUACCUAUGUUUGGGACAAUUUUAUUCUAGAAUAUUAUUGUCACGUUAUUUGUCAUAACGUUUUAAUAUGCAGUAUUGACAAUACAUAGUAACGUUAAAACAUAAUCCCAUAUCACAUACGAGUUUAGGAUUAAACGGAGGCGAGGAUGGAGAACGGGGAAGCAACACCAUAGUCAAAACAAACGGAAGAACGGUUAAUCUGGGCGGCAAGAACAGCAUCACUGUUGAGACCGGGGUAAGCUUUAUUUUACAAUUGGGUUUAGGUGGUACAUUAUUAGUGCCUGUUUACUAUAUUAUGCUUUUUUUACGAGAAUUGGGAAUUAAUGAGAUUUGCGAAAUAUUAAAAUAUAUUUUGGAAAGCAACAUAAUAUUAUGUAAAAAAGGAAAUUUUAAAUUUUCCAUACAUAGUACGUGUUAAAAGAACAAAUUUUGGUUAUUUUGUAUAAUGGAGAAUUAUAUUUAAAUGUUUUAAUGUAAGAGUUAACUUUGCGUUCUCUAGGACAUCUUCGUGCUAAAAACUCCCGGUGGUGGUGGAUAUAGCGCUCAAGAGUAG